GAUCAGCGGACCAAACUCAACUGAGAGAAGUCACAGAAAGGAUAUACUGGGAACACAGCUUCACUCUGAGACAAAAUGGCUUCACGAUCAGAAGAGGAUCUCUGCUGUCCUGUUUGCUAUGAAAUCUUUAAAGAUCCUGUUGUUCUGUCGUGUAGCCACAGUUUCUGUAAAGACUGUGUUAAGAACUGGUGGACAGAGAAACUUCUACACGAGUGUCCAAUUUGUAAGGAAAGACAUUUAUUAAAUUAUACGCCUCGUAACUUGGUUUUAAAGAACCUGUGUGAGGCCUUUCUACUGGAGAGAGAUGAGAGAGGUUCAGAGACUCUCUGCAGUCUGCACUCUGAGAAACUCAAACUCUUCUGUCUGGACCAUCAGCAGCCGGUGUGUGUCGUCUGCAGAGAUUCAAAAUCACACAACAACCACAGAUUCAAACCCAUCGAUGAAGCUGCACAGGAUCUCAAAGAGGAGAUCCAGAAAUCCCUGAAGCCCUUAAAUGAGAAACUAAAGCUCUUUGAAGAAGUUAAAGGAAACUGUGAUCAAACAGCAGAACACAUUAAGGUCCAGGCCCGACGCACAGAGAGCCAGAUUAAGGAGCAGUUUAAGAAGCUUCACCAGUUUCUACAAGAGGAAGAGGAGGCCAGGAUCUCUGCUCUGAGGGAGGAAGAGGAGCAGAAGAGUGAGAUGAUGAAGAAGAAGAUUGAGUCUCUGAGCAGAGAGAUAGCAGCUCUUUCAGACACAGUCAGAGCCACAGAGGAGGAGCUGAGAGCUGAAGACGUCUCAUUCCUGCAGAACUACAAGGCUGCAGUGGAAAGAGUCCAGCAGCGCCCCCUGCUGGAGGAUCCACAGCUGCUCUCAGGAGCCCUGAUAGACGAGGCCAAACACCUGGGCAACCUGACCUUCAACAUCUGGAACAAGAUGAAGAAGAAGGUCUCAUACAGUCCUGUGGUUCUGGAUCCAAACACUACUCAUCCAGAACUCAUCCUGUCUGAAGAUCUGACCAGUGCAAGACGAGGAGAGAGACAGAAGCUUCCUGAAAACCCAGAGAGGUUUGAUCAACAUAAUGUUGUUCUGGUCUCUGACGGUUUUAACUCAGGGACUCACAGCUGGGACUGUCAGGUUAGACAUGAUAUAUACUGGGCCAUAGGUGUGAUGAAUGAGUCUGUUCAAAAGAAGGGGGAAAUACCCACUGGAUUUUGGGAUAUAUGUCUCCAUGAUGGAAAGUACCUAGCAACCUCCCGACCUCUCCCAGAUAUAGUUCUGUCAGUGAAGAAGAAGCUCCAGAGGGUCAGAGUUCAUCUGGACUUUGACAAAGGAAAACUGUCGUUCUCUGAUCUUGAUACUAACACACACAUACACACCUUCACACACAGAUUCACUGAGAUACUUUUUCCACACAUUGGCACAUGGAAUGAAUUCCCACUGAAGAUAUUACCAAUGAAAGUCUCUGUAUCAACAAACCACUGGCCUAGUUUCUAA